AUGCCUUCUAGAAGUGAAAAAAAAUUGAUAGAGGACAAGACCCCAACUAGAGGGACUUCUCCCAAAGUCAUUACUGAUGAUUUCGACGAGCGCAACAGUCACGAACGAGAAAAGGGUCUUCCACCGGAAGAACAAACCAAAGACGACGAUAUCGGCGACGACAUUGAAACCGACGCUGAACAAAUUCAAUCAUAUGAAAAUGUGACUUCUAAUGACGAAAUGGAAACCCAAAUUGACACAGAAGAAGCGCCUGGUUCAGGGGGUGAUGUUCGCAUGGAAGAGUUGUCUGCAGACAGCUCCCCAUCUAGAAAACUGCCCAAAACUGCCCAAAACUUGGAAACUCAAGAAACCAACGAUUUGUCAAAAAACAAUAGUGGUGGAGACACGACUAAUAUUUUUGACAAGUACAUUAGACAAGAACAACAAAGAACAGAAGAACGAUUUUCCAACAACUACAAUGAAGGUACAUCAAAACUCGAUCUUCCUUCCUUUACACUCCCCCACGGUUUCACUAUUAUUAAACACUACACUACCAAAGAAAGAGCUGCCACACUCCAAAUUCCAAAAAAAAUUGAAAACUCCAGAAAAGCACAAAAAAACGAACAAAAAAAUAACAAAAAUCAAAAAAAGCAAAAAUUGGCAACCUGUGUAGAAUCAGUUUUACCCGACCAACUCCGUUACACCAAAGAAGCUAAACCACGUGUAGAUAUUUUAGGGACCUUAAUAUCCGAAUUCGAGAAAGCGUUUCUGGAGGACCCAAGUGAAAGAGAAACCGAUGAAGCCAAGAAAGACCGUUUAGGGAAAUUAGCCUUAAUCAAGAUCUACAAGGACUUAGUCGGUUACAGACAAGCCUCCCAAACAAUUGUUAGAUCUAAGUAUGUGAACGAGGAAAUUUUUAUGGCAUGGUUAUUACAUGUGAUUCGAUCAGGCGAUACUCAAAAACUUUCAGUCCAUUUCAAGCAGAAAGACCAUAAUCUCACGAUUGCGGAGGCCACGGCUACCCUUGAAGCCUUUUUCCUUCAAGGGGGACUCGAAAGAAUGCUAAAAAUAGAUAUCGAUCACGCACUCAAAGUAUUAGAAACCUACGACUUAGAAGCUGAAAUUCUUGAAGACGAGAAGGGGAAAUAUAAGCGUAAUUUGGAAUACGCCUUGAUCCUUCAGUUGGCACUCAAGACUUCAAGAACUGAAGUAGAAGAAUUCUUAGCCAAAAAGCGCGAAGACCUCGCACUUAUCCAACGUUUGAUGAAGCUCAAUAUUACCGCUUGUGCAUCUUAUGACUCUAAGUCAGUCAUCUUCGAUCUCAAGUCAAGUUUCUCCAAUCCUACUAAGGACGAACAAAUGGCUUACACCUUCUUACACGCUAAGAGGCUCCUUACCAAGCUUAUUAACGAUUACAACGAGCUCCCUUCAAUCCUUAACCCGAAUCAGGACUGCCUUCCGGAAGAGGAUCUGGAUUUUGCAAGAUAUCAAUUCUAUGUACAACCUCCAGUCAAUGGAAAUCUCGUAAUUCUUCAAUUGACUCACCCAGUUACCCUGGAUGAGCCAAAGGUUAUCCUCGACCAAUUCAUGGCAAAAGACGCUAGAUUAUUGAACCUCGAAGAUUUCCGCCCAUCUAAACAACUAGUCAUCAACGAAAGAAUUGAAGAGCUUAACGCUCAGGAUAGACCAAUACAAGAUCCUAUCAAGUAUACUAUACUUGCACAAUCUUCGCCUCGUCCAACAAACAUGAACGUUACAAAUGUGACCUCCCGAAACGGAGAAACCUUUAAGCCAAAUCAUGUUAUGCCUUGUAUUAUGCACACUCACUUCUUAAUUGAUAUCCAAGGAGAUAUAGUUCCCAACAGAACGCAUUUCCUCCACCAGGACACUACAUUAGACAUUGUCUCCUUUUUAAAAUUCUGUUCUUAUUGUCACAGAAUGGGACACUCGAAAUAUACCUGUGGAACUCUAUUGGAAAGAGACGCAAAAAGAAGAAUCCCCCAAGUAACUCAAGUACCACCCCCUUUUAAGGUACCCACUAUACUUCCACAACCGACUAACGUGACCAAGAGACCAGACAAUGUGCAACAAGAUGGUUUCAUAACCCCCAAGUACCACAGAAAAUCUCCGUCUAAGAUGUUUGACCAACCUAACGAAAUCAUUUCUAAAGCUCAAUCAAACAUGUUUAAGAAUCAAUUUAACCAAUUGACCGGAUUGACCGAGCAGGAAGACGAAAACAACCAAAAAGACAAUGACAUCGAAGAGGUCUCUUCAGAAAAGACGGCCCAUGAACAAGCUGCUCUUCGCAAGGCAAAAGCCAUAAAAGAAACGCAACAGCGUAAAGCAAAGGAAGCUUUAACGAACGCCGAACCUCAAGAUUCCGCACUCGCUGCUGCUGCUAAAAAGAACUUAACCAGUCCCCAUAAGACUCCAAAAACCGGCACCAUUACUUCCCCUAAUAGACCGGGAAAAGAAUUAAGCGCCUCGCCAAAUUAUUUACACAAACCACUUUCAAACUUGCCAUCACUGAAUGGCGCAAUAAUCGCUUCGCAAACCCUUCAAAAUGCAGUUUCUUCCGCCAACUCCACCCCAUCCACCCCUACAAGAUCGAAUCCUAGACAUAGUUCAAACCGUCUAGCGGGCCUAAAUGACUCACCCACGGAUAUAGACGAAUCUAUGUCCUAUGACCUUACACAACCCCCGGACCCACCGGACAACUCACCCUCAAAGAAAACUGUUAUAACUAAAAAUGUUACACCGAAGGUUAGCACGACACUGGAAGAACAGGUACCCAUCCCUGAAUCUUCUGAUGACCCCCCUACUAAUCUAUGA